CGCAGCCGUAGAAAAAUGCUGAUUAUUCAUGGAGUCACUGAGACUAAGGGUGAGCAAAUUGAACAGGCACUAUCUGAUUUCAUAAGCAGUCGUCUUGCUGUAGCUGAGUUUUCCCCAACUGAUAUUAAACGAUGUCACCGUAUGAAACGAUUGUCAGCAUCUGAUGGCCCUCGGCCCAUCCUAGUAAAAUUCCAAACAUAUGAAAUGCGCAGUCAGGUUUGGUUUUCUAAAACAAAACUGAAGGGCACCGGCUUUACUGUUUCGGAGUUUCUGACGAAGGCGCGCCACGGCAUUUUCAUGGCUGCACGGAGUAGAUUCGGCAUGAAGAAGGUCUGGACCAAGGAUGGCUGCGUCUACAUUUUGGGAGAGGAUGGCAUCAAACAUCGAGUCUUCACGCAGCGAGAUCUUGAUCGUCUGCAAAAGAACACUUCGGAAGCAAUCCCAGAGGUUGAUGCUGCUUCUAAGCGCGCUGUUACAAAGCCGGCUGUAGUAAAGGUUAAACGCGCUGCUGCUAGAAAGUAACAGUGAUAAUUUUGUUUCCUGUACUCUUCAUUCGUGUGCAAAACAUGGGACAAAACGAAAUUAGUUCUCCUUAUUUCUCUCAUUUAUUUUGUUUUAUGUUUUAAUUGUCGUAGUAUUAAUCUGAAAACUACCUGUUUUCUAUCUUACAAAUAGUUUAAAUAUUUGUCGGUACAUUAAUUUUAAAUAAUUUUAAUUUUAAAUUUGGCUGAGUGACAGUGAACGAUAUUGAAUUAUUGAUCGUUGCUUUACUAACUGUCAACUGUAAAAAGGCAAAAGGAUCAUCACCCAUACAGAAUAGAUUCACGUAAUAAAAUUCUAAAGUCACACUUACUGAACAAAAGAAUUAUCUGAGGAAUUUCAUUAUAAUAUUAUCUUUUCACUGUUACCCAUGCUUUUGGUUUGUAUUUCUUUAUUUUUAAUGUUUCAUUUCUUUCUUAAUAUUGUCUUCUUUU